AUGGGCUUUCAGGACCUUGUGACUCAAGUUGAGCUGGGGAGGUUCCAGAUCCUUCCCGUGGUUUUUGUAUUGCUGUGCAGUGCCAUGGUGGUUCCUCAAAGUCUUCUGGAGAACUUCACUGCAGCCAUCCCUGGUCAUCGCUGCUGGGUCCCCAUCCUUGACAAUGACAGCGGGAUCCUGAGCCAAGAUGACCUCCUGAGGGUCUCCAUCCCAUUGGACUCCAACCUGAGGCCAGAGAAGUGUCAUCGCUUUGUUCAACCACAGUGGCAUCUUCUUCAUCUGAAUGGCACCUUCUCCAGUGUGACAGAGCUAGACACAGAGCCCUGUGUGGAUGGCUGGGUGUAUGACCAAAGCACCUUCCUUUCCACCCAUAGCUUCUAUAUCCCAACAUACUGGGACCUUGUCUGUAAAGAAUUGAGUUGGGAUUCUGUGAGUGCUUUCAUUUCCCUAUUUGGUGUCUAAGUGGGAAAUAUCAUCUUCCAACCUUUUACCCUCAGGUUUGGGAAGAAGUUUGUUUUCACAUGUGCUUUACUCCUAAUGGCCAUCACUGGGACUUGUGUAGCUUUGGCUCCCACCUUCCUCAUCUACUGCUCACUUCGCUUCCUCACAGGGAUCUCUUCCUCAUCCAUAAGAACAAACAGUGUUUUACUCAUAUUAGAAUGGACAAGCCCUAAAUUCCAAGCUAUGGUAAUGGCUUUGGCAAUUUGUGCUGGGGGGAUUGGACAGGUAAUGUUGGGAAGCCUGGCUUUUGGUAUUCGAAACUGGCACCACCUCCAGCUGGCAAUGUCUGUACCAGUGUUCUUCCUCCUUAUUCCCACAAGGUGGCUGUCAGAGUCAGCUCGGUGGCUGAUUGUGACCAACAAAUCCCAGAAAGGCUUAAAGGAACUUAGAAAAGCUGCACAAAUGAAUGGAAUAGAGAGUUCUGGAGAUGUCCUAACCAUAGAGGUUGUGAGAACUGCUAUGAAGGAUGAGCUAGAGUCAGCCCAGACAAAAUCUUCCCCACUGGACCUGUUCUAUAUACCCAACCUGCGCAAGUGGAUCUGCCUGUUAUCCUUUGUGAGGUUUGUGUCAUUAAUAUCUGUUUUAGGUCUGCUCGUCCACCUUCAAUACCUGAGCAGUAAUGUGUUCCUACUGCAGUGUCUCUAUGGUGUGGUGUCUAUCCCAGCCAAUGUUCUUGGAAAAUUUUCAAUGAACUACAUGGGGCGCAGAAUAACCCAACUGAUUUUCAUGUCUCUGUUUGGAAUCUCCAUUCUGGUCACCAUAUUUUUGCCUCAAGAAUUUCAGGCCCUGCGUACAAUUUUGGUAACAUUGGGAGGAGCAAUUUCUUCUGCCGCUAUGACGAGUACUCUUGUGCAUGCAAAUGAGCUAGUCCCUACCGUAAUCAGGGCAACUGCUUUAGGAGUCAUUGGAAUUGCUGGUAGUGCUGGGGUAGCCCUGUCUCCCCUGUUUAUGAUCCUCACGACAUACUCUGCCUCCUUGCCCUGGAUCAUCUAUGGGGUCCUCCCUAUCAUCAGUGGCCUCUUUGCUCUUUUCCUUCCUGAGACCAGGAGUCAGCCUCUGCCUGACUUGAUCCAAGAUGUGGAAAAUGAGAGGAAAAGCUCAAAAGAGGCAAAAAAGGAUGCUGUUGCCAAAGUGACACCAUUUUAAAGAAUUCCAACAACUGACCUCUGAUCAAGGACAAAGAUUAAGAAAAAUAUCAUUCAAGAUAUGAUGGCCGAGAGGCGGGGCAAGAUGGCAGCGCCGGGAGGACUCUCAUUCUGAGGAGCAGCACAGCAGGAUUGGCACAGUGACCAGCAAUCAGAACUCGCGGCCAUAAAACACAAGUGGUUGUGUUU